CUCAGCUGCACUACUCCCUCCCGAAGCUCAGACUCAAGAGAUUGCUCAGCAGGCUACUUGGAGAAAACCGAAAGCGACACAAACAGCUGUGACAGAAAUGUCUGGGUUUGGGAACAAGUUGAGUGGAUAUACAAUGACCCAGUUACAUGAACUACUAAAAGACGAUGACAAGCUCAAUAAGAUUGUUGGAGAUAUGGAGGAGGUCCAGAAUGUCCAGCAGAGCAAAGAGAUCACCCUGGCCGGCAACCGCAGCCUGGCCGAGCAGAACCUCCAGCUCCAGCCGCAGUUAGACUUCCAGAAGAACGAGCUGACCAAACGCUACCGCUGUCUCCAGGAGCUCUACGAGGCCUACCAACUCCGCAAGUCCACGCUAGAUGAUCUGUCUGGGAACAGCUCUUUAGACACAUUGCUCGCGCUGCUGCAGGCAGAAGGAGCCAAGAUCGAGGAGGAAACGGAGAACAUGGCUGAUUCCUUUUUGGAUGGGAACAUUUCUUUGGAUGCAUUCAUCGACGACUAUCGGAACAAAAGAAAGCUAGCCCAUUUGCGACGGGUGAAGAUCGAUAAGCUCCGUGAGCUGGUCCUAAAGGGACCGUCGGUGCCCCUUGCCCCCAGUCCCAUCCUCUCGCCCCCGGAGCUGCCGGCUAAACCCUCCCCCUUGCGCAUGGAGCCCAGCUCCAGCAACAUCAGCUCCCCGGUGCCCCAACCCAGGCGAGCCCCACCACCUCCACCCCUCAGGACUCCGCCUGCCCCUCCCGCCACAGCCGCCCAGGCCGCCCCGGUGUUCUCCUACCCUACCCCCUCCUACCCACCCGUCCCCCCCAGAGUGGGCCAAUCUGUGCCCAGCUUUAAUCAGGGUUACCCACAACACGCCUUCAUGCCCCAGUACCCACCUGCACUUCCCCAGAGGCCCCCGCCUCGCAUAGUCCCGCAGCCUGGCUUCAUCAUCCAGUGAUGACACAGCAGCAGGGUGUUUGCUGGGAAAGAAGAUACGUGCACAUGUGGACUUACACGCUGGCGCCUUGUUUUUCCUGUAUGAGGUCUGCAGUGUCUACACCUCUGGACAUAUCGUUGCACAUCCAGGCUGCCAAUAGAGUCUGCUGACAUUGGAUGGUAUGGACAAUGCAUAAGACAGACAGAAGAGAAAAUAUCGCCACAAAUUUGCACUUGCAGCUUGUGUAUUCCCUUUCCCCAGUUAUUUUUCCAAUUCAAACUUGUUUGUUGUUACUAUGAAAAAAGUUAGGUUGCUUCAUCCAAUGCUCAGAAGGAAAGUUUAAAGAGAGGCAGCUGGAGUUGCCGAUUACUCAGCCUACUCAUAUUACAGACAAUGUCCUACAGAUCCUGAACAUAUCCUGGCUUCUAUGACGAGCUUAUGUUAUUUUACUUUUUUACAUGUGUUCGAAUUUGUGUAUGUUCUAUUGCAUUUCAAAUAUGAACAGCAUUUUAAUUUGUGAAAUGGAAAAAGCCUAUGCACAAAGACAAAGACUGCACUGUUUUGGUGAGAAAGGAAGAGCGAACGAAAAAUCACACACAAAACAAAAAAACAUUUUUGGUCACACACACAAAAAAAACAUUUUACAUACAGGUUACAUGCACAAGCACAACCUGGACUCCAAGAUGUUUCUCCUGGUUGAUUUUUUUUUUUUUUUUUUUUUUUUCCAACUGGAUUUGAGUCCUUGUCUUUUGAGUGUGCUAUGGCUAUGGCUAUACAUGUUGGAAUGGUAAGCUAAGGUGUGCCACUUGUAGUAGGCCAUUCAGGAAAACUGGAUUAUUGAGAAAGGGCUUUGAUGCAGGAGGUAAUCCAGCGAAAUCCUGUUGAGGAGAUGACCGUGUUGCUGCUUCAAAUGUCUCAGGGCAGGAACACAUUGAACUGUGUGUGUGUGUGUGUGUGUGUGUGUGUGUGUGUGUGUGUGUGUGUGUGUGUGUGUGUGUGUGUGUGUGUGUGUGUGUGUGUGUGUGUGUGUGUGUGCAUGCAUAUGUGUGCGUUUUGGGGAGUAUGCAAGGGGGCAUAUAUAGGUGUCUGCUUGCACUGUCUUUGCCAUCUGUGUAUGUACACUGAAUAUUUUACCAUUGAUUAAAAUAACCUGUUAUCUGUAAACAUUGUCUUCUAACGAAUAUGGUCUCAUCACAUCUCUUAAUGCUUUAUUAGCAACGACUGACCAACUCUCAGAGAUAAUCACCUAAGACUUCAUUUUUCCAUUCAUCAUUGUCAUGCACUUGUAUGGAACCUGUAGACACCAUCAAUCACACAUUAUUUUGAUACAGUUUGUGUAGCCUUGCAGUCAUUGGUGAAUUCAUUAAAAUAUAAUCAAAUAUAGGAUGAGUAUACACAAUCACAUGAAUCAUGCCUUACUGGCAUCCAGAUCCAUCCUACACUGUUGCUUGAAGUCACUGAGUGCCUUUUCAGUGUGCAUGCUGUCACACCUGUCAUAGUACUUCCAAGCUGUCCUCAGCUAGUACGCCAACACCUUUGUAGGUACAUACCAGGCUUCACAUGUAAUUUGGUACGCCUGUUAAGCAGGGAUGUGGUGAAGUCUGUUUUCAUUUCUUACUCUGAAUGGCAUCUCAGACAGGCUUGGCAGGGUUGGGUUCUGAGAGAAGAGAUCCUUUUUGGAAGGUGUAUGCUGGUUAUUCCUUUGCAGUGGUUGGGAAUGAAUCUAUCAACAUUUGCAUCUGAGUUUAGACCAAUUGAGAAGGUUAUUUUUCCUUUCUUAUAUGGGGUGCACUUUGACAAGAGGGGACAAAUUGUGGGAGGUGUGUGUGUGUUUCUUUCGAUAAUUUGAAAAAACUAUUAAAUAAUUGUAAACCACCCUAGACCAGCAUUUACCACUCCUCUGAUAUGUUUGUUGUGUUCAUUAUAUACAGGUUUUCACCACAUUACAUUUUUUGCCUUCCUGGGAAAAUUUCCAGACAGCUAUGUAAUAAAAUCUACUCUUUUUGUAUGCCCCUUAUGUAUUACAGGACAUUAUUAUUAUAAAAAUUAAACUAAUAUUGCAUCAGUUUUUAGUGGUGGUUGGAAUUGCUUUGGUUGGUUUUGAGAGUAAUUAAUGCAAAAAAUAAAAAUUCAUUCAUUUUAUUUUUUAUUUGCAUUGUUUCUUUCUAAAAAAAUGUUGGCCCUAUGUAGUUGGACCUUGUGCAAGCAAAUGUGUAAAAAGUACCUCAAACAAAGUAUCCAUAAUUAAAAACAGGACAUGGAACAAUGGUUUUUGUUUUUACAUUUUGCAAAAAUGUUAAGCAUUUUUCAAGGAGCAUAAUCUAAUGGCUGUCUAUAACACAAAGUUGGUGCUUCAGUUCGGUAUAAAGAGUUAUGUCUAUGUCUGUACACAAGCCAGGGAUGAGACCAGGGGCCAGAAGGGCUACAAUGCAACGAAACAAACUUUUGAAAUGUCUGGUUAUGCUUAAUAUGAAUUUGAAUGUUAACAUUGAACUUUUUGGGAUGGGGUCUAUUUCAGCCCUGUGAAUAGGUGUACCCUGAAAAACAAUGCAUUGUAAUAUAUUAAACAAUACAGGACUAUGUUCAUGGUAUGGAG